GAGGUACUCAAGCAUCGUGCACCCCUUCCGCUACGAGGCGCUCUUCACCCCCCGGAAAGCCAUCGGCAUGAUCAUUUGCAUAUGGGCCAUGGCCGUGCUCAUGAAUAGUUAUUUCUUCUACAUAUUUUACAGCGACGGCGGCCGAUGCAUCAUCUAGUGGCAGAGCACGGCCUGGCGGACGUCUGUGGGCGCGGCCAACUUCUCGGUCAUUUACAUCUUCCCGCUGAGCCUGAUGGGCUUCUCCUAUUGGCGGAUCAUGCGUAAUUUGCAUAAGAGCAUCAUGAAUAUGCGCCAAUCAACGUCGUCAAAUGGUACAGAGAACCAGCUGUCGAGGGAUCUCCUCACCGCGCGCAAGAAAGUCGUCAAGAUGCUGCUCACGGUCGUGGUGACUUUCGCCGUCUGCUGGGCUCUAAACCAGUUCAUGUUCUUCGCCUACAUGUGCGGCUGGAACCUGAACUUCUCUGCCUGGUAUUACCACGCCAGCGUACUGCUUGCGUACGGUAACUCGUGCAUGAACCCGAUCAUUUAUGGAUUUAAGAGCAAGCAAUAUCGUGGAGCGCUCAAGAAGGCACUUGGCUGUAGAAACAAAGUCGGGGCUCGCGCAAAUAUGUUAUGUAGCAUCACAACUUUUGGUGGUACCGCAGAGAUAAGAGGCUGUCCGGAAGACCAACGGCCGGAGGACUACAUCAGGCCCAGGUGAAACAAUUAAUAAUCAUUUGUGGCUGACAAACCACAUGGAGCUUGGUUCGCCUGUAUGAUACACCGUAAAGAAGCAGAGCUAGCGCAAAAGACCACAUUGGAAAAACUGAAGUGUUUUUAUUUUUAUAUUUAAAGUCGAAACAUCAUGAACAUGCACUUGUGAUUUGAAACUUGCUUUGCACAGUACUUUGUGCACAAUGAAAACCACGCAAUCGCUUUUUAAAGGGCCUGUGCAGUACUUUUGUCUAAUCACGAUUUCUUGAAUAUACAAGUAAUUGUGUAUUUAUAUCGCUGCUACGUCAGUAUUCAUUUGUGUAACAAUCUACAUAAGGUGUGUACCAUAAGAAGCAUCUGGAAUCACCAUAACUAUCACCACUGUCGACCAAUAAAUAAAGUUAAUUAUAUUUUUAUUCGACUAGAUAGCAUAACAUUGAGCAAUUUAUUGUACACUUAUGCAGUUAUUUGAAAUAUGAAAAAUUAAAUUGUCUGUAGUUUAUAGCUUGCGCUGUUUCAGUUUUCACAAAU